CAAAGUGGCAGUUUGUCGACGGCAUCAUCAUCGUCCGUCGCAGGAUCACCGCAGCUCCGUUAUUGAUCCCAAAUUGACAUCGCAACUGGCGAUAUCGGCUCCUUUUAUCCUUCCUGCUUAAUCCGUUGCCUAUCCUGGUCUGAUCAUUUGAUUGCGGCCGUCUUGAGCAGCGAGGUGCUCCCAUUGCCGACCAAUCCCCACCUUCACCUUGAUUUGAAGUCGCGUCCAGCUUAUAUCAGAAAACGAGACAAUCGCGUUUUAUAUUCCUUUUGGCGUAUCCCUGCAGCUGACAGUCCCAUGAUUGGGCCUGGAAUAUGAGAUCAUCGCCCAAUACGCCAUAAUCAAACCGGAAACAUCUGCAGACUUUCUAGCGCGACCCACGUAUCGACCUUCCGAGACUUAGAGCUGGAAUCUUGUGAUUGGAAUCGCACGAGUGUGAAAUAAUCGGUCACAAUGGCAGCGAAUUUUACAGAGGAUAAUAUCAAAGAGCUGAAAUAUCGGCUGGAGGAUGCCGCGAUAAAGUGCUCGGAGCGCUGUCUCUACCAGUCUGCGAAAUGGGCCGCGGAAAUGCUCGAUACCCUCCUACCAAUUGAUCAAUAUGACACCGAUCCCGACUCCCCGAUGGACCUUGCAGAUGCCCCGCCUGCUCCAAGCCCUUAUCUCCGAGUCCAAGAUCCCCUCGAAGCUUCAUUGGAAGCACAAGAAGCCCACAAAUACUUACUGGCAAAGUCCUACUUCGACACUCGGGAAUAUGAUCGCUGCGCUGCCGUUUUUCUCCCUCCAACCGUACCUCCUGUUCCACUCUCGACCACGUCCCCAAACCCGAAGUCACGACACUCAUUGACACCGCAAAAAGGGAAGGCCAAAGCGUCACCUUUUGCUGGAGUGAAGGAACACAGCGGCUCUAGGAAUCCUUACCCUAAGAUCAGUCAAAAAUCGCUAUUUCUCGCCCUGUAUUCCAAGUACCUAGCAGGAGAGAAGCGAAAGGAUGAGGAGACGGAGAUGGUAUUAGGGCCAGCGGACGGGGGAAUGACAGUCAACCGAGCACUUCCUGAUCUGGCACGAGGCCUGGAGGGGUGGUUAACAGAGCGACGAGAGAAGGGACUAGAAGACCGUGGACAGGGAUGGCUAGAAUAUCUCUAUGGUGUCAUUCUUCUCAAGGGACGAAAUGAAGAAGAGGCCAAGAAGUGGCUUAUACGAAGUGUUCAUUUGAACCCGUUCCAUUGGGGUGCCUGGCAAGAGCUGAAUGACUUGCUCGCGAGCACAGAAGACUUGAAACAAGUUGUCGACCUCCUCCCGCAAAAUAUCAUGACCCUCAUAUUUCACGUUUAUUGCAGCCAAGAGCUAUACCAGGCCACCGAGGAUACCUACCAGGCUCUGUCGGAGCUUGAAACUAUAUUCCCCACCAGUGCAUUCCUCAAGACACAGAGGGCGCUACUUUAUUACCAUUCAAAAGAUUUUGAAGAAGCAUCCCAUAUAUUUACCGAAAUCCUCAUUACUUCCCCACACCGUUUAGACAGUCUUGACCAUUACUCGAAUAUUCUCUAUGUUAUGGGUGCACGUCCGCAACUUGCCUUUGUCGCCCAGGUGGCUACUGCCACUGAUAAAUUCCGUCCAGAAACAUGCUGUGUGGUUGGGAACUACUACUCCCUCAAGUCUGAGCACGAAAAAGCAGUGAUGUACUUUCGACGAGCUCUGACGCUCGACCGGAACUUCCUCUCUGCCUGGACACUCAUGGGGCACGAGUACAUUGAGAUGAAGAAUACGCACGCAGCGAUUGAGUCAUACCGCCGUGCUGUCGAUGUUAAUCACAAAGACUACCGCGCCUGGUAUGGUUUAGGUCAGGCAUACGAAGUACUGGACAUGUCGUUUUACGCCUUAUUCUAUUACCAACGUGCGGCAGCAUUGCGGCCUUAUGACCCCAAGAUGUGGCAAGCAGUGGGAUCGUGCUACGCCAAGAUGGGACGCAUAGACCAGAGUAUUAAGGCGCUGAAGCGGGCCCUGGUCGCGGGCUCCUACUACGCCGAAGAUGCAUCACAAGUCGGGGGAAUGGACGGGCCAGGGCGGAAGAUUCUCGACCCAGAGACACUCCACCAAAUUGCCACACUUCACGAACGCCUCGGGGAUGAAGACGAGGCAGCCGCGUACAUGGAACUCACCUUGCAACAAGAAUCCGGCCAAGUUGCACAGGAAGAGGAACCAGUCUCUUCGGACGAGGACGACGACCAAUCAGGAAGCGAAACUCAAAACCGCACACGUCGCAAGCGACAGUCUUCGGUGGAAACCAAAAACGAGGAAGAAGAGGAUGGAUGGCAUGGAACCGGUGUGACAGCAACGACAUCCAAGGCGAGAUUAUGGCUUGCCCGUUGGUCCCUGCGCAAUGGAGACCUUGAACGGGCCGAUCAAUUGGCGGGAGAGCUGUGUCAAGAUGGAGUGGAAGUGGAGGAGGCCAAAGCAUUGAUGAGAGAUGUACGGGCAAGGAGAGAGGGGGAUGAGUAGUGCAUGACUUUGUUUCUCUUUCAAUUCGAUAAAUCAUGGGCUAGCGAGGCGUUCUAUUAUGGAUGAACAGUCUGUAUGAUCAGGUUUAAUAAAAGCAUAACCAUUUCUGAAUUAUCUACACAUGGACUCUCACGGGCCUCGAAGUGGC